AUGCACACACGUUCUAAAGGCUUGCCUCUAGAACCUUUUGAUCCGGAGAUCGAAGCAACAAACCGGAAGAGGAACGCCUAUAGGAGACUCACGCAGAAAAUUCAAGCUUCUUCGCCUAACAGCAUAGGAGCAUCUUCUGUUCAAAGCGACCUUUCACCCAUCCGAUCACCAGUUCAGGACCAUAUUUUGUUUGAUCCCGUUUCUCCUAGUCUGAUGGAGUACGAAGAGGGCAACAACGGUCCACCACCCCCUCCUCCCAAUUAUGCUGAGCUUCUACGACAGCUGGAGGAGCUGCGUCAACAAGUCAAUCAUAGACAAGUUGUGGUGCCUGUUCAGAAUCAGUAUGCAUACCAAGGCCAGGCAAAUCCAACUGUCCAUAGCAACAUCGCUGCCAACACCUUUGAGCUUAAAAGAGGACUUAUUCAGAUGGCAGAGAAUAUUGCUUUUAGGGGCAAAUCCACAGAUGAUCCGAACAAACACAUCACCAAGUUCAUUCAGAUCUGCAACACUACGAAGUUGAAUGGAGUGACAGAUGAUCAGAUUCGACUUAGGUUGUUUCCCUUUUCCUUAGAGGAUUCAGCAAAGGAUUGGUUGGAGAGCUUGGAGUCGGGCUCAAUCAGAACAUGGGAUGCUAUGGUAGAGAAGUUUUUAGAAAAGUUUUAUCCCCCCAGUGAGGCGAUUAAGAGGCAACAUGAGAUCAUUGCCUUUCAGAUGAACCCUGCGGAGAAUAUCAGAGAAGCAUGGGCGAGAUUCAAAGCCUUGAUGAAGCGAUGUCCUAACCAUGGGCUAACCCCAACUGUUCAAGUCAUAACAUUCUUCAAGGGGUGUGUGCCUGAAGCACAACGGGAGUUGAACUUGAGCUCAGGUGGUAAUUUUCUGAAGAAAGGAGUGGAUGAGGCCAUGGAAGUAAUAGAAGAGCUCGCAUCUAAUGACGACGGAUGGAGCAACAACAGGAGUAAAGUACAUAGGGUGGCGUCUACCACAGAUCAUGAUCCUAUGAGCGCCCUAUCUGACAAGCUGGAUGCGCUGACUAUGAAGUUUGACUGCAUGGCAAUGGGGCAACCGACUCAAGAGCCCCAAGGAAAUAUGGAGGAUGUUAGCUAUGUGAACCAAGGGGGCAACAACCGGUACUACAAUAACCAACGUCCCAACUUCCAGGGUGGAGGAUAUAAUCAGUUUGGGAACAGGGGGCAUCCCAAUCUCUCUUAUGGAAACCCCAAUAAUGCUCUGCAACCUCCCCCGGGGUUCACGGUUACCAAUGGAGUGGUCGAUGAUCCGAAGAAGAUGACCACGGAAGACAUACUUAAGUCUUUCAUGCUACAGUCCAACAAGCUCAUGGAACAGAACAACCAAAGAAUGGAGAAGGUUGAGACAGAUGUGCAAAGCAUGGCCACUCAUAUGAAGAAUAUCGACAUACAGAUCAGCCAGAUUUCCCAGACUGUGAGUACUAUGACUCAACCGGGAAAAUUCCCUUCGAACACCAUCAUAAAUCCCAAAGAUUGCAAAGCUGUGCAGCUGAGGAGUGGAAAAAGUUAUGAGGGACCUGCAAUGCCAUCAGAGGACAGAGUAACGGAAAAGGCACCUGAAGAGGAGGAGUUAGUCGAGGAAGUUGAGACCGAGGCAGUACAAAUUACUCCCCCACCUAAGGAGAACGUGGUUCCAACUCCACCUGCACCACCUGCAGCUCACACUUCCACUGACGUGAGGAUUCCCUACCCUCAACGUGUGCAAAAGAAGAAGACAGAUGCACAGUUCUCGAGGUUCUUGGAUAUAUUUAGGAAGGUGCAGAUAAACAUCCCAUUGGUGGAGGCAUUACAGCAGAUGCCCAGCUAUGCCAAGUUUCUGAAGGAUGUGGUUUCUAACAAGAGGAAAUGGAUGGAGUAUGAGACGGUGAAUUUGACUGAAAGCUGCAGCGCCAUUAUUCAAAAGAAGCUACCAGCUAAACUGAAGGAUCCAGGAAGUUUUACCAUUUCUUGCAUAGUGGGAGAUUGUCAAGAAGGGAGAGCGUUAUGUGAUCUAGGGGCGAGUAUCAAUCUAAUGCCCUAUUCGUUCUUCCAGAAAAUGAAGAUUGGAGUGCUCAGACCCACUACUAUAUCAUUGCAGAUGGCUGACAGAACAGUGUCAUAUCCGAAGGGGAUGGUUGAAGACAUACUUGUCAAGGUCGGGGAAUUUAUUUUUCCAGCCGACUUUGUAGUACUUGAUAUGGAGGAAGAUAGGCACGUCCCACUUCUCUUAGGCAGGCCCUUUUUAGCCACAGGGAGAGCACUGAUUGAUGUGCACAAAGGAGAACUUACUCUCCGACUGAAUGAUGAGAGUAUCACAUUUUCCAUCUAUGAUGUGAUGCAGAAAUAUGAUGACGAAGAUGCUUGGAGGUUCAAACAGUGUAACAUGAUCGAGGUGAUUGAUGAUUGUGUGAGAGAGGUAGCCCAUGCUAUUUCUUAUCAAGACAGGCUCGAGCGAUGCCUAUCGCAGUCUUUACUGGCUUCAGACAGUCUGCAAGUGUCUGAAUUUGCUGAUGAACUACUUCAUUUUGUGGGAGCUCUUAAUUCUGGUGGGGAGAUUCCAAGAAGGAACAACAAAUUUUUAUCUCUCAAAGAUCCGGCAGACGAGGAAGAGAAAGAAGAGAAGAAAGAGGAACUUAAGUCGUUGCCUUCACACCUCAAAUAUGCUUUCCUUGGAGAGAAUGAGACGUAUCCGGUAAUUGUCACUUCAUCACUUACUUCCACUGAACUCGAUAAACUGCUGCGAGUGCUCAGAAAGCAAAGGGAGCCAUAG